AAAGCCCGGCCCAGGUAGACCGACUCACCAGCCACCGUCCUCGGCCAGAUCAGCCUUCAAACUAGGGUUUCGCCCCUCCCGCUCCGAGAAAGCCAACAGCUCGAGCUCUCCCUCGAUUUCGUCCUCCCGGCCGCCGCCACGAUGAAGCUCGUCAGGUUCUUGAUGAAGCUGAACAACGAGACGGUCACCAUCGAGCUGAAGAACGGCACCACCGUCAACGGCACCAUCACCGGUGUUGACAUAAGCAUGAAUACUCAUCUGAAGACUGUAAAGCUUACGUUGAAAGGGAAGAAUCAUGUAACCCUUGAUCAUAUCAGUGUGAGAGGAAACAACAUUCGGUAUUACAUCCUCCCUGACAGCUUAAACCUGGAAACGUUGCUGGUUGAGGAUACACCCAGGGUCAAGGCUAAGAAGCCAACUACAGGGAAGCCUAUGGGCCGUGGUCGUGGACGCGGCCGUGGGCGUGGUCGGGGCCGUGGGCGCUGAGCUCUAUGCUCCCUCCCUACUUUGGAAGCUUGUGCAGUGCAAGUCCCUACGAUGUAACCUGCUGCCUUCUCUGCGAGCUAUGUCGAGGAAUGUUUCUGUUCUGUUAGAAGAUACCAAUGGAAGUAUGUUUUGAUGUGGAACCAUCUCAGACUGUUUGUCCCAAGUUCUUGUUCGUAAUUAUUGCGUAAUGCCUUUUCUUGGGGAUUUUACUUGCAGGACGCCAGACUUCUGAAAACCUAAGUGGCACGCUUGUGUUGUUACUUGUUAACCCUGGGAUUGUUGCCCAUGUGCUUUGCCUAGCAGUAAGUUGUGUUGAAUUCAA